AUGUUCGCCACACAACACUACAUGGAUCCGAUGCAGGACCAGCCCAAGAAGCGGGGCAGAGACGAUGAUCCUGACCUGGUCAGCGGAGUUCCCAGCUUCAGCGAGCAUCGCAACAAACGAUUGCAAAGUUUACCUCUUCGCACCUCGCCCAAGAGCUCGCAUCAAGUCACGCCCCUCAACGCUCCUCAGGAACACCUCUUCAGACCCCAUCUCGCGUCGUACUCGCCGGAAGGAUACCCCCAACAACCUCAAGAUGAAGAUAUGGAUGCCAUGAAUGUCACGUCGCCAUCUCAAGUUGCCUACCUCGCCUCAAAUCUCGGAGAUUCCGACGCUACAACCCGCAUUCCAACGCCCAUACAACCAAGUUUCGCAGCACAAGUGAGAGGUCAACAAUGCGAAUGGGCCGGCACCGGGCCGGUUGGUGGCCAUAAUGGCUCUUGCCCCAAUGAUGGAUGCGCUCCAUCUGCAAUGGCAACAGAGUCAGACUGGCAGACAUUGCAGAACAACAGGCGUCUUCCGUCGCCCAUCUCAGAGUGCGAUGAUUCUGUUGGAAAUCAGUUAAUGAACCCCCAAGCGAUGACACCGGAUCACUGCGAGCACUCUGCUCCCUUUCACUCGCCUAACAAUAUGGAACAUCCGAAUGCUUCCAUGGAUACUGAACGAAACAGGGUGCAUGAUACAGAUGCCGAUUCUCUCAGCCCAUCGCCCCGCCGAGGCCAUAUGCGGAGUAAGCACACAAUCAACAGCUGGACAUGGCAACCAGGGAUGAAACGGAGUUUCAGCAUUGGCUAUCGGGCAGAUUGCGAAAAGUGUCGACUGAAGGUACCAGGCCACUUCAAUCACAUCAUUAUCUCAUAG